CAUGUAGGUACCUUCAGUUUUGUUUGCUCCAAGCCAUCUGAUGUCUCUCCUGACACUUGGGAUCAAUUCUGCCAUGGUUCUGGAUUGUGGAUACACAGAAAGCUUGGUGCUGCCUAUAUAUGAGGGAAUUCCGAUUCUGAGCUGUUGGGGUUCUCUUCCUCUGGGAGGAAAGGCUAUACACAAGGAGCUGGAGUAUCAGCUGUUGGAGCAGUGCACAGUUGAUACCGGAUUAGCCAAAGGACAAAGCCUUCCAUCUGUGAUGGGCUCAGUUCCAGAAGACAUAGUAGAGGAUAUAAAAGUCCGCACUUGUUUUGUGAGUGAUCUCCAACGUGGACUGAAAAUCCAAGCAGCUAAGUUCAACAUUGAUGGCACUGCUGAGCGUCCUUCACCACCUCCAGAUGUGGACUAUCCUUUGGAUGGAGAAAAGAUUCUCCAUGUAGUUGGCCCUAUCAGAGACUCCGUUGUCGAAAUAUUGUUUGAACAGGAUAAUGAAGAGACAUCUGUGGCCACUUUGAUCUUGGAUUCGCUUGUUCAGUGUCCGAUAGAUACCAGGAAGCAGCUGGCAGAGAACUUGGUAGUUAUUGGCGGCACCGCGAUGUUGCCAGGAUUCCUUCACAGGCUUAUGGCUGAAAUCAGAUACCUGGUAGAGAAACCAAAAUACAAAGAAGCACUUGCCACUAAAACCUUCAGAAUUCACACUCCACCUGCCAAACCCAACUGCGUGGCCUGGCUGGGAGGAGCCAUUUUUGGAGCACUUCAGGACAUACUUGGGAGCCGGUCUGUGUCCAAAGAAUAUUACAGCCAGACAGGCCGCAUACCUGACUGGUGCUGUCUUAAUAAUCCUCCACUGGAAAUGAUGUUUGAUGUUGGAAAAGCACCCCCACCGUUGAUGAAGAGGGCUUUUUCUACUGAGAAAUGAGAAACUGCGUGCUACACAAGGAUUCUCCUCCUCUAUUUCAAGUACAUGUAUAUGCAUUGGUUUGGGUUUUUUGUAUUAAGUAAUCUGUGUGUAACACUAUUAAAUAGGAACAAUGUGGAUGUU